AUGACGAACUUGCGAUCUCUCCCUGCGCGGGCGCGGGGAGUGCCCUUUUCACGCUUGUCCGCGAGACAGACGAAUGGUUUCUCUACCUCAUCGCGGAGUUAUUCCUAUGCUGAUACGCUUCCGAACUUGAAGAUCGGGGCCCAUACCAGGGUUCUGUUUCAGGGAUUUACAGGCAGACAGGCCACUGCCAACGUAAAAGAGUCAUUGGCCUGGGGAACUAAGAUUGUUGGAGGCGUAAAGCCAGGAGUCGAAGGCGAGCACCUCGGACUUCCUGUAUUCCCCUCCGUGAAAGCGGCCCAAGAAAAAGCGAAACCGGAUGCAUCGGCUAUCUAUGUACCGGGGAACCAGACAGCAAAGGCGAUUGAAGAGGCCAUUGAAGCUGAGAUUCCUCUCGUCGUCGCUGUAGCGGAGCAUGUGCCUAUCCAUGACGUUCUCAGAAUUCACUCCAUGCUCCAGACACAGUCCAAAACGAGGCUAGUCGGGGCAAACUGUCCUGGUAUUAUCUCGGCGAUCGGGAAGUGUCGUGUAGGAUUCCAGCCGUUGCCGUGCUUUUCUCCUGGUAAGAUCGGUAUCGUUGCGAAGUCUGGGACCUUGAGCUAUGAGACUGUUGCAUCGACUUCACGUGCCGGUUUGGGGCAAAGCCUCUGUAUCAGUAUGGGUGGCGAUGUCUUGGCUGGGACUAAUUUCGUCGAUGCCCUGAAGAUAUUCGAGAAUGACCCCGAUACAGAGGGUAUCAUUCUCGUUGGCGAGAUUGGUGGAACGGCGGAGAUAGACGCAGCAGAAUGGAUCAAGGAUUACAACAGAAGAACCGCGAAUCCUAAGCCAAUCAUGGGCCUAGUUGGUGGUUUGCACGCUCCUGCCGGACGAAUCAUGGGCCAUGCAGGCGCAUGGACUGCUGUUGGAGAACCGGGUGCACACGCAAAGUAUCAAGCUCUCGAGCGCGCCGGGGCAGUCAUGGUUAACCACCCAGAGAAAUUCGGAGAAGGAAUGAAGACCCUACUGAAUAGUCGACCACGGGUGCAGAACACAACGUCUACCAACACCCCGAACCAGAAAAGGGGCCUACACACAAUGAGACGUGUAACUCUACAAAAGAACCAACGCCCACCUGUAUCGAAGCAGAGCCGGUCCCUCUUCAUCAAGCAAUUCCAGGCCCUGGACAUGUUGAAGGAAAAGUCCAUUCCAAUCAACGAAACAGAACCCUCAGAAUCCGACAUUUUCCUAAAUCUCACAGUCGAUAGAACAGCAUUAUCACCCUGCGUUAUAGCUUCAACAUCUGCUGAUUUCGCACCGUCGCACACUAGCAAAUUUCCUUUCCCUUACUUUAACACAGACUUCAGCAGCAGCGAUUCACCAAUCAUCAAAUCCAUCGCAUCUCACCUUCAUCUCCCCGAAACCACACACGAGACACUAGCAGAACUAGUCCAAGCACUUUGGCAAAUAUUCAAAGAAAAAGAAGCCUAUCUAUUAGAAGUCCGGGUAAACCCAUCUACAGAAGGACUCGAAGUCCGAGGCGCACGUUUCGGCUUCGAUGACGCCGCAUUCCGAAGCUCAGGACGCCAGAAGGAAGUCCACAGCCUGCGGAACCCGGCAGAAGAAGUGCACGAAGAAGUCGAAGCAGAGAAAGACGGCAUAGUCUACGUGAAACUACAGGGAGAAGGUAGCAUCGGAACUCUAGUAAACGGCGCCGGACUCGCAAUGAACACAGUAGAUGCACUCACUAUCCACGGCGGCCACUGUGCCAAUUUCCUGGAUACAGGCGGCAAGGCAACGUCUGAGACGGUUAAGUCGUCGUUCCGGAUUAUCACUUCAGACCCCCGGGUCAAGGCUAUCUUUGUCAAUAUCUUUGGGGGCCUCACGCGGUGUGAUAUGAUUGCUGAGGGCAUUAUUAUGGCCUUUAGGGAUCUGGAUAUGAGUGUUCCGGUGGUGGUGCGGUUGAGGGGGACGAAUGAGGAAGAGGGACAGAAAAUGAUCGCUGAGAGUGGACUUCCGCUCCAUGCGUUUGAUAGUUUUGAAGGGGCUGCGAAGAAGGUGAUUAGCUUAGCGGGGGGAAAGCCGUCGAAUUAG